AUGUCUGCCUCGCCUUUGUAUUACGGGUCGCCAAGCGAGGAGGUCGGGAAUUUGGAUGAAGGGACCGGGCGGGAUGGUGCUGGUUUGCCGCGUGGUUCUGGUGGCGAAGGCACCGCCUUCUCACAUCAGCAGCGCUUCAAGGAUCCCCAAGCAAACCGCCGCCGCCACCGCGAUCCACUGCAGCAUGAUGAUGAUCGUCACACUAUCGACAAGGACGACAACGGAAAGGACCGCCCCCCUCGCCCAUCACACGGCAGCAGUGGCGUAUGUCGCUACUUCGCACCACCGAACCUGGACAACGGCGGUGGCUCCUUCUUUGGCUGGCACCAACCGACGUCAUCGACACGGCAGGCGCAUAUUCGAACGGCGGCGUCGCGUCGUUUUGGCGCGGAGCUGCCGUACACCCCCUUUGCCCGUCACCGCAGCAGCCGUGACCGCGGCGGCGGCGGAAGAGGAGGAUCGGGCAGCACUGGUGCCGGCAACUACGCACGUUUCUCCUCCCACUUCGUUUCCUCUGCGAUGGGCAUCGCCCAACUCGGCAGCACCGGCCCGUUAAGCUCGCACCUGUUGGACUGGCGUGUGCCGUCGCUCAGCGCGGAACAGGAGCUGCUGCAGCAGGUCUUCGCCACCGCCUACACCGAUGCGUGCUACCGCUGCCUUAUUUCCCACGACGCCGCGACCUCCUUCGCGCCGAAUGAGACUCUGCAACUCGUCGUGGAUCAGUGGCGCGCGGAGGCCUUUGACGAGAGCCAGGACACGCUGCAGCGGGUGGUGGAGCAGUACCACCACGACUUACUGCAGGUGGUGAAGGCUGUCGUGGAUGCGGAGGAUGCAGCGCUGGCGGCCCUGGCAGGCGAGAUGGCGGGGACGGAGGAGAACCCGGUGGACGUGUCGAUGAGCGCCAGCAUGAGCGGCGCGACGCCCAUCAACUUGUCUGCCUCCGCCUCCACGGACACCUCCCUCUACCAGGCGUUUAUGACGGUAGGGCAGGCGAACAUACCCGCCUCGAUCGACUGCCCGGUGGCGCAGAAGUCGGUGCUGCACUACGCGAUGCCCGCCCUCGGCCGCGUGCUCGUGCACCAAGGCUUCUUCUUCUGCUUCUGGUACAGCUCCACUGGGGAGAAGAUUGGUCAGCUGGAGCAGCGUGCGUGCCGGUGGGUGCUGGAGGCGCACGUCUCCCACGUGCACGUCCCCUUGUGCUACCACUUUCGCUACAAGGGCCGUGGCGCAACAGCAAUGAGCCUGGCGCCACUCGGUGACAACCUAACGACGGUGACGGAGCAGAACCCCGAGGUGGCUGCGAUGGCGCAGCAGCUCGCAUCGGUGUUCUCGCUCUUGCCCUACGGCAGCUCGCCGGGGCAGGUGGAUGCGUCGACGGCGGCGGCGGCAUCCGCCGGGCCGAGUUGCAACACUGGCGCCACAGCGGCAGCAGCAGCAGCAGCGUCAGCAGCGGGGGAGACGGUGCACCCGUACGCAACGUCGUUUGCCAGCCCCACACGGGAUCGUCACGAGUCGCUCUCCUACGCGUCCGUUGCCUCUCUGUCGGCUGCCAGCGUCGACGGCGAGGUGGUGCCGGACAUCCACUUUCUGCCGCGAAGCGUGCAGGUUCACUUUGCACAGGAUGGACGUUACUACUUCGUGCGCAACAGUCAGUGGUUCUCGCCGUGGCUGAACUCACGGCAGUCCUGCGACGCCGCGGUGCAGCGUCUGUGCUACGUGAAUCCUCGUUUGCUGGCCGUGUGCGGUGUGCAGGUGAGCUGUCGGGCCUGUCAGCGCGACGCCUUCAUGACGGAGAACCGAGUCGCCCUCGAGUUUAUGCGACACGAGGUUGACGUGGGCAUCCCUCGGCUCCUGCACGAGGAGCGGAGCUGCUUCGUACAACGCAUGCUGCGCAGGCGCCGGCGAGCAGCGGCGCAGCGACUGCAGGCGCAACGUGCGGCUCACGCGGUAGAGGCGGCGGUGGCGGUGCAACACACAACGCGGGUGCGGGUGGGGACGGCGGAGACGGAGACGGAGGAAGAGGAAGAGGAGGAAGAGGAAAUGCCCUCGAUGCUGGUCAACAGCGGCGCUGGAAGGGCCUCACACGCUACCAGCUCCGACAGCGAUUGGACCGAGGAAGACGAGGAAGAGGAGGAUCUUGACGACGACAACGAUGCGGUGGAGGUGAGUGACCGGUACGGGGUAGCACGACAAGGCGGCGCGCUGCCCACCGCGCUGCUCCCCUUCACGACGACGAGCGUGUUGCGUCGCUUCUCCGCCCGCGGCUACCCGAAGAGCCUCCUCGGCGUUCUUCUCCUCGCCCUCCUGCAGUACCCCGCUGCCCCGCUGCACAUGGUGCGCGAGGUGAAGCGAGAAAUCUUGUUCCGCGGGUUGAAGGCCUUUAUUCGGACCCGCUCCUACGAAGCGCGCUUUGGCGUCGAGCAGCUGCUCGGCCGGCUGCCGCACGAGCGCGUCAACGAAGACGACAUCAUCGCCGCGUUCAUGGACGCCUCCGGUAGCGGCAGCGAUGUGGAAGACGAAGGGGCGGAAGAAGCAGUCGAGGCACCGAUCAGUCCGGACACCCCGACGCACCACGAAACACCGAAUACAAACGGGACUCGUUAUCCGGUGGCGAGCGGGACGACGCACCGCAGCAGCAGCGGCAAUACCACGGUAGUGAGGGGCAGAGACGGCAGCGGGACGCAGCGACAGCCGGUGGAGAGGGACGACCACGACCACCACCAGCGCAGCAAUCAUAACACCCGCUCGUUGGGAGACAACGUGGCCGAGUUGGGAGAGGAUUUGCCGCCGCGCCAGCCUGCAGCGCUAAACCCCCUGCGACCCGUCCCAGAGAUGUCGCUGAGAAGCCGCGACGACGUCGACCACGCUCAGGGAAAUCCCUUUCGACCCUCGUUUACGCAGCGGUGGCAGCAGAGCGCAGAGUCGUGGCGACGAUCGCACCCCAUUAACUCAACCCCAGCCACCAACACUGCUGCCGCUGCAAUGUCAGGCGAUGGCGGUAAUGCUGUCAACUCCGGAAGCACGCGCCAGAGUUUGUGGGGACGACUGCGGAGUCGUCUUUCUGACCUGCGGCCGUCGUGGUUUGGUGGGGAGAGGCGGCUUCCAGAGGACUCAUUGGAGGCCUCGGCAGUUUCGCCGGAUGCCGGCAAUGCACUGGCGGCUGAGACUUCUGCUGGGCAUGUGUGCUCGCAGCGCGCGCCCAGUCAACAAGGCUCGGCCGCGCAGGGUGUGGGUAUCCAAAACCCCCUGGCCGCUCUCCACGCAAACGCCAGCAGCCACGUCAGCACGAGCAGCAGCAGCAAGAGCGGCGGGGCCAGAGCACCGCGCAGGCCCGCACCGCGAAGCGCGCUGUCGUCUUCUCGCUCCUGCGAGGCUGCGACGACCAACUUCUUUUCGACGUGGACGGACUUCGGCGUGACGACGGAGCGCGUGUUGACUGCGUUUAUGCAGUACGACGGCACGGCCCACCCAUCCCACGUCUUCUGCGACUCCACACGUCGGCUGUACGAGGUGUGGGAACUGCGCGAGAAGGCGGAGACUCGUGUGGCCAACGCUGGUGAGGCUGCUUCAAGCCACAAGGACGAGCCGCACCGCGCAACGGCCGCGCAGCAGAAGGCAUUGGAGGCGUCGCUGUGGUCCAGCGCUGACAUUUUGAACCGAAUGUACGUGGAGCAAAUCCUUCCCUUCAUCUACCGCAAGUUUCGCCUGCCGCUGCGUCGCGUAAGUGUCCUGCACGACCCACUGAACGAGGAAGACCGCGCCAGCGUGUACGUGCGACUGCUGGAUGCGUUAGGGGUGAGCAUCGAGAACGGCGAGGUGCAGCGGGCGGUGCCGGUGGUGAUGGACUUCGCACCUGUGUGCGUGGCGGUGCCCGUCGCCGCAGGAACAGGGUUCGAUGGCAGUCCUGAUCCGCACACGUCCUCCGACGCGCGCCGGCCGUCUUCGCCUUCACCGAGCAACAGGAGUAAUGACAGGACCCGAAAUCCUUUACAGCGACACGGUGCCUCUGCAUCACCGUCCAACGGAGCACCUGCAGCAACAUCACGUGUGGAUGAUGGCGAAGAAGAGGGAAAACUCACUGCCGUCCUCAGCAGCAACAACAACGACGGCGGUAAAUCUGCGCGGUCACGAGCCGGCAUGAGUGCUUCCUCCUCGGCCAAAUGCAAUUCAGUCGCAGGACAUCAUGUCGUGGAUAGCGCUCAUGGAAGCCUUCACGCAGCCAACUCUGGCGCACCAAAGAACGGCGGUGGUACGCCGGAGGAGAGCUCACUGUCUACACGUAGCCGCGCUGCCCAAGCAGCCCAUGUCAGCGAUUCUUCUCGCUGCGCGAAUCACGACAGCACACCCAUCUCUGGUUCGGCGCACAUCCCCGCACGAGAGCUGCAUUACCGCCUUCCUGGUUGGAUUGUGUGGCGUGCGAAGGCGCUCGUGCACAAUUUCUUGGACAGCCGAGGUGACUUUCCGCCUCGGCGCAACUCGAGCGCCGCACCUGCAGCCGCCCGCAGCAACAACGUCGACGUCGACGGCGGCGGCAAUGGGCGUCGAACUAUGCGUCACACGAUUGCGUCUUCCUCCUCUGCUUCCUUCUCAGCUCGUCAUGGGUGUGACGUCGAGGUGAAGGUGGGUUCCGCGCAGGUGGCGGGACUCGUGCCGCUUUUACGCCUCCUCUACAACGCACCUCGCACCGCCUUCGCGGCCGACCCGCAUCGACCGCCGCUGCCGCCGUGGCCGCACGUUGCAGCCCGUUUGCUGGCACAACUGCGCGCCGUCUCCGUUACCCCGCACCUGCUGUGGGAAGCACUGGAGCACUACGAGCUGGUGGACCUGCGCACGCUCCUGCGCGAGGUGCGGGCGGAUGGGCGCCUGUCCUUGAUGCGACCGUUGUCGGCGGCGUCGCCCACCUCGUCCGUCUCCCCUCCCUCUCCGUCCUUCCACGGUUUAGCUGGAGGCAACGGCAGUAGCAGCAAUGAGGACGAUGACGGCGACGCCGAAGAAAACGGCGUAGACGACGAGGAGAGACCGUCCGAGCCGCACUCGGCAAGUAGCACCGCCACCACCGUCUCCUCUUCGUCCACGCCCACGGUACCGGCGAUGCCGGACAACGCCCUCCACGCACCGUGUUGCUCCUUAGCACUGGCGCUUAUCCUGCGGCGACGCACGUUGCGCAGCACGUCGGAUCGCGCAAUUCUGAUUCAGGUGCUCCGCCGCUACGUCGCGGCCAUCCGUGCCUUCCCCGCGCUGUUGUGCUUCCUGGCCCCUUUGCACGGCCGCGACGAGCGUGCUGCCGCUCCACCGACAAUGUGGAUGACGGGCAGCCUUCCGGAGGACAGGCAGGAGAACUCCUUGCAGGAGUUGGCGGGGAAGGAACGGGGAGGGAUGCGCGAGUGUGGCGCGGCGCAGACCGCAGGGGUGGAGGCGGAAGCGGUGUACACGGCGGUGCUGUCCACGCUGCAGGAGGUGUUGCUGAAUGCCGAUCUUCUGCUCGCCCACUUCGGCAACCCCUUUGGGGCGCAGUACCGCCAGUACACCGCGGACCUUGUGGGAUACCUGGAGUACACCAUGAACUCCUUCGCCGAGACGACUACAGCCGCGGCUGCUCGAACAAACGCACUCUCCAAUAGCAGCAAUAGCAGGAGCACCGGUAUGGCAGCAGCGGCCGCGCAUCCACGCCCAAGUCGUGUGUCGCCAAGCGUGCACGAAACGGAGCGGGGCGGAGACGCACGGUGGUCCCCCAGAAGCGACGAUGUCCGCCUGCGCCAGCACGGCCUCCGCGAGGAGCUUGACGCCACCUUGCAGCAUAUAUGGAAGCAACUCCUCACCUACUGCAAACCCGACUCCAUGAGCGCGAGAGACGCGCUGCAGCAGGCGGUUGCCCUGUUUCGCAUGCAGGAGUCGGGCGUCGCUUUCCGAAAUGGUAGUCCUCGUCGUGUGCUAGCCGUUCAUGACGGCGUGCAUGGCGGUUCCAGCUCGUAUGGCAACAACGAGGGCGGUGCUGCUGGAACGCACUUCCUUUACUCCCGCGACCCUGAAAUUGAGAGCGCACUGCAGCGCGCCUGCGACGUCUUCCUCAUGACAGACGGCCCCAACGAUGCCGUUACGAUGCGGGCAUACUGCAACUUUGCCUUGUACUGGUACAGCGUGGGCUGCGAGGCGGAGUGGCGGGAGUGGCUGCAGCGCCUGCGCCGGCUCUGGCGUGAGGGCGGCCCGGAGGACAUCCGGCAGCUGUUGAUGACCACGUCCACCGUGAACAGCUUCGGUGUAGGGGUGGGGGGAGCUUCAUUGCGGACGAGUGUGCAGGGCAUCCAUGGUGGUGAGGGGCCCCAAGGCGGCGCCGCUUCACGUCUGACGGAUCAAAUGCCGAAGAGUGCGGCAGGUGGUCGGGAUCGCGAUAAAGCGACGUCUCCCAUUCCGUUUCUGCAGCGGGUGUGCGGUGACUAA